AUGAGGAACUUUGACUCUCUAACAGUUUUACUUGUCUGCAGCCUCAGUUGGAUCCCUGUAUCACAACCUGUGGAGGUUCAGUCUGGAAAAGAAGUCACGCUGCUGUGCUCCAACUUUUCCAGUUCUCCCACACAGAUACUCUGGUUCAGAGUGACCAAGAGAGCCAAACUCACCUGUAUCGCCUCCAUGUUCGAACCUCAUGAACCUGCUUCAUUCUGCACUGGAUUUAAAAAUGGAAAAUUUGAAAUGAGCACUAAUUUAUCCACUGUGUUUCUCAAAAUUAAACAAGUGGAUUUAUUGGACUCUGGACUUUAUUUCUGUGGAUUUAAAAUAGACCGCAGUCCGGUUAUUGUUGAAGCAACAGAUUUAGUGGUCCAAGACACUUUUAUCGGAUUACCAAAUGUGAUGAGUGUGAUCCUCGGUGUUCUGACUGUUUUCCUCAUCACAGUCAUCGUUUGUCUGGCUGUUAAAAUCAAAAAGCUUCAGAAAGUUCACACUGAAGGAAAGAAUCUACAACAAGAAGAGAGGCAGAGCUCAGAGCACCUGCACUAUGCAGCUGUGACAUUUCAUCCAAAAACAGAAAGUCCUCACAGGCCUGCAUCAGCCACAGAAGUGGACUCAGAUGUUAUUUACCGAGCACUUCAUGGAACCGAGGUGUCAUUAUUGAUCUGCUGA